AUGUCUAAAGCACAAAUACUGAGAUCUUUAGUCAACCAGAGACUCACUGCAGCUGCUGAAGAGAUAUUUGAGCUGUUUGAAAGAACGAUAGCAGAGCACGAGGAGGAACUUUCUCGUUCUAAAGAGGAGAACGAGCGACAACGGAAACUCCUGGACGCUGUUUUCAACCCUGAAGUCCGGAUUCAAAGAGCAGUGUUUCCUGCAAACCUCAAGAAGUUUACAGUGGUUAAAGAAGAGGUUCUACCUGAGCAGCAGGAGUGGAGCUCAAGUCUGAACCAGGAGGACCCAGAGCCCCCACACAUCAAAGUGGAACAGGAAGACCUCUUGACCAGUCAGGAGGGAGAGCAGCUUCAAGUGCUGGAGGAGGCUGAUAUCAAGUUCUCAUUCACUCCUGUGAAUAGAGAAGAAGAGGAAGCUCAGUCCUCACAGCUUCAUCUAAGACAAACUGAACAGAUGGAGAAAGAAGCUGAGGAAGAGGAAUGUGUAGGACCAGAACCAGACAGGAACUCAGAUCCAGAUAGACAUCCAGAACCAGAUACUGAUGAGAAGACUGUAGACUCUUCUGAACCUGAGACUGAUGACAGUAGUGAUUGGGAGGACACUCAGGAACCUCAGUCAGAUUUAAACCCUCUGCAAAACAAUGAAGUACCUGUAAAUGAUAUCGACUGUAAUACUGAAAACACAUCAAUUGGCUCCUCUGAAUGUGCUGGAACCUUUGGCAACAAGGGACAUCUGAAGAUACACACUGAAAUCCAAGCAGGAGUGAAACCAUUUCAAUGCUCAGUUUGUUGGAAAAUAUUUACUUGGAAGGGCACCUUAAAGACUCACAUGGGACUUCAUACAGAAGAAAAACAUUUCAGCUGCUCAGUUUGUAAAAAGAAAUUCAAUACCAGUGGCUAUUUAGGUAAACACAUGAAACUCCAUUCUCAGGAGAAACCAUACAGUUGUUUAGUUUGUCAUAAAAGGUUCACAGGGCAAAAAGAUCUGAGACAACACUCGCUCGUCCACAGAGGGGAGAAACCAUUCAGUUGUUCAGUUUGUAGUAAGGAUUUCACACAAAAGGCACUUCUGAGACAACACUCGCUCGUCCACAGGGUGGAGAAACCAUUCAGUUGUUCAGUUUGUAGUCAAGGUUUCGCACGAAAAGGACAUCUGAGACGACAUAUGACUCUCCACACAGGAGAGAAACCAUUCAGAUGUUCAGUUUGUAGUAAGGGUUUCACAGAAAAGAGGGAUCUGAGACGACACUUGUCUGUCCACACGGGGGAGAAACCAUUCAGUUGUUCAAUUUGUAGUAAGGGUUUCACACAAAAGACACUUUUAAGAAAACACUCGCUCGUCCACACAGGGGAGAAACCAUUCUGUUGUUCCGUUUGUAGUAAGAGUUUUACAGAAAAGAAAGAUCUGAGACGACACUUGCUUGUCCACACAGGGGAGAAACCUUUCAAUUGUUCAGUUUGUAGUAAGGGUUUCACACAAAAAGGACAUCUGGGACAACACACGCUCAUCCACACAGGGGAGAAACCUUUCAGUUGUUCAGUUUGUAGUAAGGGUUUCGCACAAAAGACAGGUCUGAGACGACACUCGCUCGUCCACACACGGGAGAAACCUUUCAGUUGUUCAGUUUGUAGUAAGGGUUUCACACAAAAAGGACAUCUGGGACAACACACGCUCAUCCACACAGGGGAGAAACCUUUCAGUUGUUCAGUUUGUAGUAAGGGUUUCGCACAAAAGACAGCUCUGAGACGACACUUGCUCAUCCACACGGGAGAAACCAUUCUGUUGUUCAGUUUGUAGUAAGGGUUUUACAGAAAAGAGAGAUCUGAGACAACACUCACUCUUCCACGCAGGGGAGAAACCAUUCAGUUGCGUUGUUUGA